AUGGUGCCUGAUAAGAAGCUGGUUUGUGCCGACUUGGAUGUGGGUUCUGGUUUUGAGCCGUUCAUAACGGAAGCCGUUGUGUCAGUAGUCGGUAGUGACAAGAGGAGGAAGACGAGGAGACUCUUCCUCGAGGAAAUCACAGAAGAAGCUGACUAUGUGAAUGCACCAGAAGGCCCUGUGGAUAAAAAGGCAACGCGUCCAGAGGACACCAAAAAAGAAGCUGCACCAGAAGGCACCGUGGAUACAAAGGCAUCCCCUCCAGGCCUGAGGUGUUUUCUUCCAAUAGCAGUGUGUUGGAUCAUACUGUUAGCCAUCAUGGAUCUCCGUAUCUACUUUACCUCUGAACUUUCGGAAGACAACGCCAAGCAGACUGCAGAGAUCCUGAACCUGACAUCAAGAAUCCAGGAACUGGAGACACGGGAGAAUCUCACAGACCAGUUGGGCAACCUGACACAAGCCUAUACUGUCUCAGAAAGCAACGUGAAAAACCUGUCUGCAGAAGUCCAGGAGCUGAACAAACUAAACCAGGAGCUGGAGGCCAAGACGAACAACUUGACACAGCAAAUACAAAAUAUGGAGACAACCUGGAAUGAGCUCAACAUCAGUCGAGCUCAGUGGAGCAUCGAUUCCUACUGCAGACAACAUGGCAAUGAAAAGUGUAAAGCUUGUCAGAGGCACUGGUAUCUCACUGAGCCCAGCUGCUAUGCGUUCAAUAACGCUCAGCCUCCUAAUAAAAAAACCUGGGAAGAAGCUCAAGAUGACUGCAAAGGAAAUAAUUCAAAUCUGGCUGUUGCACAUACUCCUGCUGAAAAGGAAGCAAUCAUUACUAACAGCUUUGGAAAUAGAGGAUUCUGGAUUGGUCUGAGAGUUGUAAAUAAGAAAUGGAAGUGGGUGGAUGGAAGUGAUCUGACUAAUAGCUCCUGGAUAUAUCCUCCUGAUCCUGCUGACGGUCACUGUGCAAUGUUUUACAAGUACAGAAACGCAUGGUUAGCAUCAAUGAGCUGUGAUUAUAAAAAACAAUGGAUCUGCCAGAAGAAGGCUCUGUCUGUUUAA